AUGUCCACCGAAAACGCUCAACAGCCGCCCGCCCCCGAACUACCAGACUACGUCACAGACCCCAACGCCGUGCUCAAAGACGAGGGCGUAAAAUGGAGAUAUGGCAGAGCACCAGACUACACCAAGACGCGCAAAGUCUUUGAAGAAACAAAGGAAAAAACCCACGCCCCCCUCUCCCUCCCCCAACUCGUCGAGAACCUCGUCAAAAACUGGGAAAUAGAAGCCUCCUUCAAGCCGCACCUCCCAGACUGGCGCACCAUCGACCCUCAGGCAUACAGUUUCGCCAUCAACGCCUCGGAGCCGGAACCCGCAUCGCACAUGCUGAAGCUCGGGACCUACAACGCCAUCAUCGCGGCGAACGAGUACUACUCGCCUGAGCACUCCGACUUCGCCUCGUCGCAUAAGACGUUCAAGCGCAUGAUGCCCGCCUUCGCGUGGGAAGUGCUGGAAGUGUACUCUGGGCCGCCGGUCGUAGCGUUCCGGUGGCGGCACUGGGGCGUUAUGGCGGGGGACUACGUGGGGAUUAACAAUAAGGGGGAGAAGGUGCGGGCGAAGGCGCACGGGGGGACGAUAGAUAUCCAGGGCGUGACGGUGGCGAGCGUGAACGAGAAGCUGCAGUUGCGGGAUGUGCGGACGUGGUUUGAUCCGAUGGAUAUGUUUCGCCAGAUUGCGCCGGAGGGAGACGUCGAGAGGGAGGUGCUGGGGAAGGGGGUGCGGCCGGCGGAUGUGGUUGAGGGUGCGCAGGCGGAGGCUGGGGUUCAGGCUGUGCCUGACGAGCAGACGUUGCCUGAUGAGACGAUUGAUGCGUCGGCGUUGGCGCGGGCGCAGGCUGCGGGGUGUCCGUUUGCGGUUGCUGUGAGCGAUGCGGAGGUUGGGCUGGACCAGCUACCUGCUGGUCAUCCGUCGGUGGAAGAGCCGGUUCGCGGGGACGAGAAUCUUGCUAUGCCUGGGGCGUUUCAUUGA